AUGUUAAAUCUGCCUCUAGGUAUACAGCCAGACACAGUAAGACUUGGGAGCCCUGACAAAACCAUCAAAAGUACGAAUGUUAUACAGUGCUCGAGGGCUUGUAUUGAUAACAAACAAUGCAUGUUGUGGCAAAUGGCCAAAGAAAACAAGACAUGUCAGUUGUUCUAUCGGGUCCCCCCUCAUGCUUGGCACACAGGGUUUAUUUCCGGUCAGAAGAACACGUGGACAGCUCAUGAUUCAAUGCUAACGCUCAAGAGGCCUGGGAAAUAUCCUCAAAGCGGCAACACAACUAUUGCUACAGGCGUCAAGCGAGUUAGCCCCUCUUUUAUGGUCAGUGACAGUUUUGAACAAAUUUGGAAGCAAUUUGAGGAACAUGGCUAUCUUGGGUCAGCAUCUAAAACAUUUGGGAGCAGUUUCCAUGGCGCUACACCUGUAAAUGUUACCUUGAAGCCUAGGAAAGAGAGAACGCUUACUUUGGUUUUGGGGUGGUUCUAUCCCAACAAAGAUUUCUCGGGUAUGCUUUACAUUAACAAUUACAGUUCCGCAUUAUGCUUAAAACGCACCAUCAGAAAGAAAUUGUAAAUUUAUACAGCGUAGAUCCUAACGGAACCAUUUCAACAGCAAAAUAUGAAAAUAGCUCUUGGGGCGAAGAGGGUCAACUGACACUUGUAGUGAAGCCGUUUAUCUGCCUAGAUCAGAAAAAUAUCCUGGAGUACGUGUUUUAUUUAAAAUAAGGGGUUGCUGAUAUCUCCAUCCUUUCCUUCAGGAAGUGGGCGACGAUUAGAAAUGAAAGCGUAGCAGAUAUUCCCAAAGCGAAGUCUGCUGGAAGUUUCCGGGAAUUUCUUAAAAUACUCUCUAAGGCUAAAACCAUCCCAAUGACUGACUCGAAACAGUCUAUAAUGGCGUUUAAUAAGACUCAGUUUUCCAAUACACAGAGCAAAAAUAAACCCUCCGCAUAAUAAAAAAAAGCAACCUUACGUUUUUCUUUAUGUCCUAUUCUACACAGCGGAGAUUGUUGGUAAUUACUAUAGUAACCUAUUCGAGCACAGUGAGGAGCCAGCCUCCUUCCUAUUACGUAACCUGUCCCCUACUCUGCAAGCUAUUUCUGCGUGGCACGCUUCUAUGAUAAUCGACAGCAACAGCAAGUCGGUCCAGACCCUCCCAGUGGGGUUACAAGAUGUCUUGGUAAACGGGUUAAGUUUCUGGCGAAGUGGCCUCUACCUCCGUGACAGAAGAUGGCGGCAGUUUGAAUCUUUAGACUGUAUUGAUAUUGAUUCAGUUCAUCACGAUUUUCAGAGAGAGAUUCCUUAUGUUUUGUUCUACCCUGACUUGGUUGAGAAUGUAAUACGUGCUUGGGCAAAGUACCAGAGUGAUGACGGCCAUAUUGUGGAAACUCUAGCUGCUGGUUGUUAUUCCCCUAUGUAGCUUGAGAAAAGGGUCGAUAUUUCACGACGCAACCGGUGUUUUCCCCGCAAAAUGACGUCUGAGGCGGGAACGUGCGAGUCCAGACAUUCCAUACCGAUGACGUGUCACUACCCAGAUCUGGGUAGUGUUACUGACUGGUUGGAAAUUUGCUUUAUCCAAUCAGAAGGCGUACCACUACCCAGAUCUGGGUAUGACACGUGAUCAGCAUGGAAUUUUUCCGCUCGUUUCUCAGACGUCAUUUUGAGGGGAAACCAGUGAUGGCGUCGCGAAAUGUCGGCUGUUCGCUCAGGUUAAUUUAUAUUUUUCUGGUCAUGACUCAUUCCCUUUUCCUUCCAAACAGGACAAUUUCACAAACGCAUCGUUGGACUACAACUUACUAUAUUUAAUUGAUUUUCGUUUUCUUUGUCAUGAUUUGCACAAGAAAAGACUGAACGAGUGUGUUAGUUCGAGUCAAUUGGAAUGCUUGGUUAUAUGGAGACAAACCUUCGAUAUUGAAAUUUCUAUUGUACAGACCUGUAGCGCAGCCUCUUAAUCCAACAUCGAAUAACAAUAGUCAGAAUGGUGAAAAGUUGUACCAUACCUUGUUUAUGGCCGCAACAAAUCACGUUGCAAAUUCAUCAUGGUAGCUUAUGGGAAAGUUAAAAUGGACAAUAGGUUAUUUUAACAUCCUUUUUUAAAAACCUUAUUGAUCUGUGAACAAUAUUGACUUGGCACUUUUCUCUUCUACAGUGGUCCUCCAAAUCAGCGAAUUAUGGGCGAUGUCACUACGGUGUUCAUAACAGAAACCUACCAUAUUUAUCUGUGGACCAAUAACAGCGUUUUCUUAAAAGACAUGUGGCCGCACGUGGUUAAGGCGAUUGCUUGGAUGAUUGACGGAGGCCCAAAAGGGACUGGUUUACCUUACAGACUACAGUGUACAUAUGACCAGCUCUUUCUCAAUUUAUAUGAUCACAACACCUUUAACAGUUUCUUGGAUGUCCUGGCUCUUCGAGCGGCUGAGGAGCUGUGCAAGAUAAUGGACUAG